AUGGACACGAUUGCAAUCACCACUAUUGAAACCCAUAUGUGUGGUGAACCCUUUAGGAUUCUAACCAGUGGAUUGCCGAAAAGAAUCCCGGGGAAAUCACUAUUAGAGAAAAGAAAUUACUUACAGAAUAACUAUGACUUUAUAAGAAAUACCCUGAUGCGAGAACCAAGAGGACAUUACGACAUGUUUGGAGGGUAUUUGCUGGAUCCAGUUGAUGAAAAAAUUGAUGCCGAUGCUUCUGUGAUAUUUGUCAAUCCGGAUGGAUAUACCGAUCAAUGCGGCCAUGGAAUUAUAGCGCUGGUUACUACGCUAAUCCAACAAGGCUGGGUGGAUAAAUCCAAAUACACAUUAAAGCCAAACCUAAUGAAAAUUGUUCUGGAGACCACCGUUGGCGCCAUUGAAACUCAUGCAUGUUGGAAUGGCAGCAAAGUCGAAUACGUUGAGUUCAAGAAUACGCCAGUUUACAUCCUCUAUAAAGAAGUUCAAGUACAAACGAGCAUUGGAUUAUUAACAGGUGAUAUUGUCUUUAAUGGUGCUUUCAAUUUUUUUACUGAGGUUGCUGAAAAUAUACUGAGAAUCGAAUCACAAAAUGCUAUGAAACUGAUGUCUCUCGGAGCCGAAGUUAAAAAGAAAAUCCAAUCCAUGAAAAGUUUAGACAUACGAAGCAAAGACUUUCCUCAAAUUAAAGGGUUGCAUGGUGUGGAUUUUAUUAAUGUUUACAAUAAAGAGAACAUCUCUGACAACGUAAGCCCUAAUCAGAAGUCUUGUUUGGUAUUAGGUGUGAAACAAAUUGACAGGUCUCCGUGUGGCUCUGGAACAGCCGGACGUACAGGUUUGUUAUACUUGAAGAACAGAUUCAAUGGAAAGUCUUGGUUUAUUAAUGAAUCUAUUAUAGGGUCCUCUUUGAAAUCCCGUGUUGUGGAGACGGGAAUAAAGGCCAACGGAGGCGAUUACGACGCAUGUGUGGUAGCAAUUCAAGGUACAGCAAACCUUCUUGGAUCUUCUAAUUGGAAUAUAGAUUUGAAUGACAAAAUUGGGACUUACGGGUUUAUCAUUCCUCACUGA